GCUGGCUGCAGGCCGGCCUUCGCUGCGGCACUAACAUCCACACUCCUCGCCCGGCCUCCUCCCUCCCUCCCUCUUUCUCCCUUCCCCUUUCCCAGAGGCCGCGUCCACACUGCGCCGCUCCGGCAGCCCAGAGCGCGGCGCGCACGGGCACCAGCGCCGCCCCUCCCCGCGCCGCCCGUAGCUGUCCAGGCUCGCACCAGCUCUUCCCCGACGGAACCGGCGAAAGGAAUCAGCCAGCAUCCCGGGCUGGCUCCCCAGACGCAGCCCCCGGCCCAGGGCGAGGAUGAGCAGGACAGGCGAGGCACAAAGUCGAAACUCAACUUUUUAAAACAUUAUUUGCAUGUGGGCGUAGUGGAGGAAGAGAAUGAGCUGAUGCCGAGGGUCCAGCCACCCCCCUUCUGCCUCCUCCCCCUGCCGCUGCUGCCCUCGCACACGCGCGCGCACACACGGCACUUGGGCCGAGUUUCCGCGCUCCGUCCCCGGGCUGGGAUGGGAGUUUUCAUUUCCGAAGGAGGCAGAACCCGUGGAGCGCGCUGAAAGGCUGGAGCCCCAAGUUUCUCCUCGCCAGAGCUGGCCACCCGCUGUCACUCGCGCAGGCUGGCCGGGGGAAGGGACCAGCACGCCGGCUUUGUUGUGGAAAUCCUGGUUACCUGGCUAAUAACUCACACCAUGGAUAACUUAUUGGACUUUGCCUGAAAGGAGUCAUUAGUGCCAUUGGAUAUUUGAUCAUCUUGGGCACAGGUUUUUUCAGAAUGAAUGGAAGGUCAUGCAGCAUGAAUCUCCACCGGACGUCAGGAACCCCACAGGGGCCCGGAAUGGUCAGUGGCCAACACAUUCCUCCCAUCCGAGCCCACUCGGGGACUCCUGGCCCCUCGUCCUGUAGCAGCACACCAAGCCCUGCUAUUGGAAGCCUUGCUAACAGUCUCCAUCUCAAGAUGCCCUCGGGAGGAGGGAUGGUUCCUCAGAGCAACAUGGCUGAGAACCCCAUCCAUCUGCCGGCCUUGAGCCCCAGGAGACAAGUGCUCACCAAUGGAAAGUCACGAUUCCAGGUUACACAGGCCGGAGGCAUAUCAGGGCCACAUACUUUAAAGCCAAAGCAGCAGGAGUUUGGAAGUCAUUUUCCUCCAAAUCCUGGGAAAGUGAUGACUGAAACCAUCUCUCCUAUUCCAUUUACUCUUCUGUGGUGUGACUUUGCCAUUCCCUUGUCAAGAGGUGGAGUUCAUUUCACUAUCCCUUUGAAUUUGGGGGCUCUUGGCUUUGGGCCUCAGUGCAAGUCCAUUGGAAAAGGCAGCUGCAACAAUCUAGUGGUCACCAGCAGCCCCAUGAUGGUUCAGCGACUGGGACCCAUUUCACCUCCAGCAAGCCAGGUCUCUACAGCAUGCAACCAGAUCAGUCCUAGCUUACAGAGGGCAAUGAAUGCAGCCAACCUGAAUAUACCUCCUUCAGAUACCAGGUCCCUUAUUUCACGUGAGUCUUUGGCGUCCACGACUUUGAGCCUGACAGAAAGUCAGUCUGCUUUGAGCGUGAAACAGGAGUGGUCUCACGGCUACAGGGCUCUCCCGUCGCUCUCCUCCAACCACAGCUCUCAGAAUGGCAUUGAUCUAGGGGACCUGCUUAGCCUUCCUCCUGGGACAUCCAUGUCCAGCAACAGUGCCUCUAACUCAUUGCCAUCCUACCUUUUUGGCAUGGAAAAUAGCCACUCUUCGUACCCUAGUCCCCGAAACUCUUCGGCCAGGUCCCACUCGGCCCGCUCCAAGAAGAGAGCUCUAUCUUUGUCCCCGCUGUCCGAUGGCAUUGGGAUAGACUUCAAUACCAUCAUCCGCACCUCUCCCACCUCUUUGGUCGCUUACAUCAACGGGUCCAGGGCUUCCCCGGCCAACAUGUCCCCGCAGCCUGAGGUCUAUGGGCAUUUCCUGGGAGUGCGCGGUAGCUGCAUUCCCCAGCCGUGUUCGGUCCCUAGCAGCCAGAUGGGUGUGCGGGUGGCCAGUGGUGGCCUGGCGCUCCCGGCCUACGGCGAGGACGGCUCUCUGGAGUACGAGCGCAUGCAACAGCUUGAGCACGGCGGCCUCCAGCCUGGCAUGGUCAACAACAUGGUGGUGCAGCAUGGCCUGCCAGGCCCUGACAGCCAGCCCGCCGGCCUGCUGAAGACCGAGCGCUUGGAUGAUUUCUCCCGCAGCGCUUUAGACCUGGCCUCCGCGCCACCUUUGCAGCCAACGCCCCAAGGGCCCCCACCUCCCUACCACGCCCACCCGCACCUGCCCCACCAAGAGCUCGUCCCCCACACCCAGACGCUGGCUCUGCCCCAGGCUGUCCUGGAAGAGGAUGGGGAAUUGGACGAUGUCGGGGGCAAGCACUGCUGUCGCUGGAUUGACUGCAGCGCUUUGUAUGACCAGCAGGAGGAACUUGUACGGCACAUAGAGAAGGUUCACAUAGAUCAGCGCAAAGGGGAAGACUUCACUUGCUUCUGGGCAGGGUGUCCUCGAAGGUACAAGCCAUUCAACGCCCGCUAUAAACUGCUUAUCCACAUGAGAGUCCACUCCGGAGAGAAGCCCAACAAGUGUACGUUUGAAGGUUGCAAGAAAGCCUUUUCAAGACUCGAAAAUCUCAAGAUUCACUUGCGGAGUCACACAGGCGAGAAGCCAUAUUUGUGCCAGCAUCCAGGCUGUCAGAAGGCAUUCAGUAACUCCAGUGACCGCGCCAAGCACCAGAGGACGCAUCUGGACACUAAACCUUAUGCUUGUCAAAUUCCAGGAUGCACCAAACGCUACACAGACCCAAGUUCCCUAAGAAAGCAUGUGAAGGCACAUUCUUCCAAAGAUCAACAAGCGAGGAAAAAGCCUGUCUUCAAUCAGAGGGAUUGGAUGCUAGAGAGUGAAGUGCAUGGCUUACCUCUCCCAACUAAGAAAACAACUCAGCUGGUCAGCAUUUGUGGUUCACAGCUGCGGUCCAGCGCAGAGCUCCAUCCUGACCUUCUCACAGAUUGCCUAACCGUGCAACCCCUUCAGCCGGCCACUUCCCCACGAGAUGCUGCUGCAGAUGGGACAGUGGGAUGCUCCCCAGGGCCGGGACCUGACCUCUAUCCAGCUUCCAUUUUCUCCAGCAAUCAUUCAAGCCGAAGCGGAACAGCUGCUGGGGCCGUGCCACCCCCACAUCCUGUCAGUCACCCUUCUCCGGGACAUAAUGUACAGGGGAGCCCCCACAACCCCCCCUCCCAGUUACCUCCACUCACAGCUGUGGAUGCGGGAGCUGAGAGGUUUGCACCUUCAGCUCCAUCUCCUCACCACAUCAGCCCCCGGAGAGUUCCAGCUCCUUCUUCGAUAAUGCAGAGAACACAGCCUCCCCAUACACAGCAGCCCUCAGGAUCACACCUGAAGUCUUAUCAGCAAGAAACAAACUCUUCUUUUCAACCAAAUGGCAUCCAUGUCCAUGGAUUUUAUGGGCAGCUGCAGACAUUCUGCCCCCCACAUUACCCUGACUCCCAGAGAACCAUGCCGCCCAGCAGCUCCUGCAGUGUGGUACCUUCCUUCGAGGACUACCUGGUCCCCACAUCCAUGGGCCAGGCUGGCUUUGAUGUUUUCCACAGAGCCUUCUCAACUCACUCGGGCAUUACAGUGUAUGAUUUACCUUCAGGUUCCUCAAGCCUGUUUGGAGAGUCUCUUCGCAGCGGGCCUGAAGACACCACAUUCUUGCAGAUCAGUGCUGUGGACCGCUGCCCUAGCCAGCUCUCCUCUGUCUAUACGGAAGGCUAAAAGCUCCCCUGGUCUCUGCUUCCACUGGCAUCCAGAACCUUUUUGUUGCUUGCCACCUUUUGUAUUCAUACUCUCAUAGACUGCUUGAAAAGGAUGUCCGCUGAAUCAGCAGAGCCUGCAAAGUCACAGAUGUAUCUUUGUUACUGGAUGAUCAGAGCUGGGCUUUACAGGAAUGUUUGCGGUUGCUCCUUUUUUCCUCUGGGUUUUGCUGGUGACCAGCAGGACUGUCUUUUUAAAGGGAAUUUAGACUCUCACUCUACCAGAUACCUGUUACUUCCUGGCUGUCAACCUGCAAAGGACACCAAUGAAGUGAUGUGCAUGUGAAAAUGUAGUUUGGGGAUCACCCUUGCUGAAAACUCCAAAUAGAGAAGGGCAACAGAAAUUGCCAGAAGCACAUCGAACUGCCUCACCUAGUGCUCAGCGUCGCUCCUGGCUGAUGCAAGGCCAGGUAUAACAAGGGAAAUUCAGGUCCACAGCACAGCAUGGGCGUCACCCACUCUUGGAAAGGCCCUGAGUGUCUGGCCCUGGCCUGGCAUUCUAGUGACCUGGCUGCUUCUCUCUCCUCUUAGAUAUCCCUGUGGUAACCAGUUGCUUUUCAGUGUUUCUCCAAAAACAAAUUAAGAAGGUUCCGUCGAGCACAGUCCCUUGAAAAGCACUACAACUAGUUUUAUAUUUCAGAAACCUAUCUUUUUUCUUUCAUUUUAAAGACUUGUUAUUGACAUCUACUUUAAAAGGAAAAAAUAUUUAGAAGUCUGUUCUUUGGAUGGAAAUAAUUAUUUUAAUCACCCAGCUACAUACAUUUUGCCACAGCUGUAGCUCUGCCUGGGCCUACCUUGCAGCACCUGUGAGCACUCCUGGAAUGUUAGUUUUACAUUUAGCAAAGGCUACCUGAGGGAAAGGUACUGCCCAAUACCUUUCCUGCUAUAGCAGGAACGCUGAGGGUUGACUGUCGACUCCACCUCAAAGACCUUGUUCAAAGCAAAAGGUUACUUGACUGGUUCACCCAUUGCUUCUGCUCUGGUGCUCUACCCAGAGAUGUGCUAGAAGAUGUGAACACAGGGACGCACUGAGUUAGGUUCCUGCAUCUCUUGGAAAACCUAACUAGAGAUGCCCUAUUCCCAGUUCUUUUAUACAGCCUCUGCUUCCCUCUCUCAAGAUAUCCACUCCUGUCUGUCUGCCUCUCUUCUAUACUUCUCUCCCUUUUUAUGCAUUGUUCUCAUCCUCUUCUUGACUGUGGUUCAGACAUGCCCACGUGUCUGAUUAUCAGUUCUUAUCAAAGUAUGACCUAAGGCAGGUAGAGAGAACAGCUCUGGAAAGGUGGGCAGAAGAAGGCAACUUUUUUUUCUGAAACUCUGGUUUGGGGGCCUGAGAUUUUUAAAGAGCACUUGGCCAUUUGACGUUAAGCCUGAAGAAGAAGCCAUUUUCUAUGGCACCUUUACAAAGCUAUUAAAAAGAUCUUGAGUCCUAUGGCCGAGGCUAUAAAAAUUAGCCAAACGCCAAAGACACUCAGUAAAUUCUGACAUGACAGUACUGUCACAUUUUAUACUUUUUUCUUUCUCUCUUUAAAAAUAUUUUCUGAAUAAAAAUGAAACAAUGCUAUUUGUCAAACAAAAAUAAUUACAAUCUUCAACAAGAUAAUUAAACAGCUUGAUGUCAGACUUGGGAUCCCGUGAUGGUUUAUAUCCUGACAGAUGGGUCCUUCCAGUCUGGCUGCAGUCAGUAGUAUUCUGCCUGAUUCCGGGCUUCAUUGAAACAUGUGGUACAGUAAGGUGAAUAAAGAACCAAGUGUGAGGUCCAUUUUUACAGUGCAUUGGUCAGUCUAGUUUCUCUGACUAGUGAGCUCUGAUCUGAGAGAAGCCAUAAUACAGAUGUUCAAGUCUGCAGAAGACACAAGGUAUUCACUUUACAAAAAUCUGUUCUACUUUAUGAAAGUGUACACAUCGGGCUUCCUUUCUAAAUGAGCUCUCAGACUGCAUAUAAAGUACCACCUUUCUUGCAGAUUUUGUAGGUGUAUCAGUUGGCCUAAGCAAGGACACAUGCAUGUUAAACUGGCAUCCCUCAUAUGUCCUUUGUCACACUCGAAAGAAAGGAAAGCUCUGGUAUCUUUAGAGAGACAGUCUGUCCAUUCUUAAAUACCGAAGUCUUUAUGAGAAACUCAAAAUACAUUUAAUUUGCGUAAUAAGGAGAAAAAAGAUGAAAAGGCAGGGUCGUUAUUGCAGCUGCUGUUGUCAGCCCUGCCUUAUGACUUUAUAUAAUUUAAAGUGGAAAGAGAGAAGGAGGAGAAAGACAGAAGCUGAACGUCAGAAACCAUGAAUGUCAUCUCCCUCUUUAGCUGGAGAUGUUCCUGUCCCAGUCUCUGGUCUUACCGUGGUCUCGCAGCGGCUCUGCCCUUCUCUCGCCUCAUGGGGGCUCGUGGGAGCUGGAGAGAGAAGGGCAGUGGUUCCUGCAGAGCCUCCUUCCUCAGCAAGAAUUUGGCCUUGCCCCUGAGGAGGGCCUUCCUGUUAGCAGAGAAAGCAGGGCCUAGUGCCGUCUGCAUUGCUGAGAGCCCCUCAUGUACCCCUCAGUGUUUCCUGAUGGCUACGUGUUUGAGCUUAAGAUCUCAGGAUGGGACACUCAGGUUCCUUCUAGACUUCAUGCUGUCCUUAGAUUUCAGAAUCUCACCUGACCUUAAAAUUUGUUUCUUGUUUGCUUUUGCAUCGCACAAGAUUUAUAUAUACUUUCAUUAUUAUGUUUGUAGCAGUAAAAAUGGAAUGUUCAAAAAAUUCAUACCCUUUCAUUUCCUGGCCUUUUUAGUCUUGAUAUGUAACCAUUUUCAUAAACAUUCUAACAGAGAUUUUCAUUCCCUUUAAAAGACAACAACGACAACUGAUGUUUGUGAAAAUACACACAGCCCAAAGCCAAUUAUCCUAUUACAUUAAAAAAGAAAAAAAUCACUAUGCCUAGAUGCAUUUCAUUUGCUGCAUUGUCUUAAUUCCCUAAAGGAACUGCAUCAAUAUGUCAGUUAUAAUUUAGCCUCUGAUCAGCUGUUAAAUAUUAUUUAAAUAUUUACCAGUCCUGUGGGGUCCUUUUACCUGUGUCUCCCCCAAAUUACAUCGGUGAUUCUAAAAUGAACAAAAGGUCUUCAGUGGAUCACAGCAUAGUUUCCACUGAUAAAACUGAAUGUUGAUGGUGUUCUAUUGCUUUGAAAUUACCAACUGCCAAGCACAUUAUUAUGCUAGAACAGAGGUAAAUGUUCAUCUCCCCUAUCCAAGAACCUUAACUUUCCACUUGCCUUGAAGUAUUGGGUAUAGCGAUUGUAAAUGUCUGAUUUAAUUAUUUGGUAUUUUAUUUGACUGCUUUGACCAUGUCAUUUUAUAGCAGCAUUUUUUAAUAGCACUUUUUGUUGGUGGUGUGGAAUUUCGGCGGUUACUUUUUUUUUUUUUUUUUGCAAUGGAUAAAGAAAAAAAAUACUCAUUGGAUAAAUGGCGAGUGUAAAAAAGAAGAGAUUUAUUUUGUACAGACAGCAGAGCAUCCUGUGUAAUGUUGCUGACAUAAAGCACUUUGGGGGGAAAAAGUGGAAAUCUGUUUUCCAUAAAUCACACAGACUCUUGUACAUAGUUAUAUACACUCACGUAGAGAAAUGAACUGCAUAUAUCAUACUGGAUAUGGGGCUGAUUUUACUCUAGGGGCACAUCUGGUGCUUAUUGUCAUAAAUCUUUUAAAGAAUUAGGUACACUUUUUUUCUAUUAAUAUGUAUAGUUUUGUGAUUUGUCACAGUUAUGUUUCAUAUAAUCAUAAGUUAUUUUGUCUUGUUUCAUGAAGUCCUUUUUUUAUGUCAAAAGUAAAAUGAAGGGAUUGUGCACUUGGUACAGAAUAAAACUGGAAAUAGAGGAUAUGCCCACCUGCCUGAAAUCCUCCUUCAGCAUGUCAUUUUAAAACACAAUGGCAACUAUUUGUUUGUUUGUUUUAUUUUGUUUUGUUUUACCAUCAGCCUCCUUCAUAUUGGAAUGGUAAUUAUAAUUAAAAGCAGAUGGGGUAGGGGAGGGAGUGUCCAAGGCCAGCUUUAAAAUGCUGCAUUGCUUUGGGCCAGAACUGCAGCCUGGAUUUAAUUAUAGAUAUGAGGACGAAAUGGCAGUAAAAAUGAAUGUGUCCCUGAAUCCUUUACAUGUUGGGAGUGUCCAUAAAUAAAACAUGAAGUUUUAUUUCAUCAGAUUUAAUUAAAGCUUUUAUACAUGU